GCAGUAUAAAACCCGGUUUUCAGGCUUUAUCCGACUCGCUGUAGUAAUCCCAGCGAGAGACAGAGGGAGUGAGCGGGCGCGCCCGCUAGGGUGGAAGUGCAGAGCGAGCCGAGCGAGCCGAGUGGCGCUUCGGGCGCCCGGGGAAGAGAGAUCCGGAGCGAAAAGGGGCUUCGCCUCCGGCCCAGCCGCCCCCAUCCCACCCGGCCCGCCGACCCGUGCCGGCCGGGCACAGCCCCCUGCCGUACCCACGAAACUUUGCCCAUUGCUGCGGGCGGACACUUCCCCUGGAACUUACAAGACCCGAGCGAGAGCGCGACUCUCCGGACGCGGAGGGGCUAUUCUGCCUAUUUGGGAAGACACUUCUCCCGCCGCUGCCCGCGACCGGCUCCUCUGAAAGGCGCUCCUCGCUGCUUUUUGGACGCUGGAUUUCCUUCGUAUAGUGGAAAACCCGCAGGCUGCCGCGAUGCCCCUCAACGUCAGCUUCGCCAACAGGAACUAUGACCUCGACUACGAUUCGGUACAGCCUUAUUUCUACUGCGACGAAGAGGAGAACUUCUACCAGCAGCAGCAGCAGAGCGAGCUGCAGCCGCCGGCCCCCAGCGAGGAUAUCUGGAAGAAAUUCGAGCUGCUGCCCACCCCGCCGCUGUCCCCGAGCCGCCGCUCGGGGCUCUGCUCGCCCUCCUACGUUGCAGUCGCGUCCUUCUCCCCCAGGGGGGACGACGACGGCGGCGGCGGCAGCUUUUCCACCGCUGACCAGUUGGAGAUGGUGACCGAGCUGCUGGGAGGGGACAUGGUGAACCAGAGCUUCAUCUGCGACCCGGACGACGAGACCUUCAUCAAAAACAUCAUCAUCCAGGACUGCAUGUGGAGCGGCUUCUCGGCCGCCGCCAAGCUGGUCUCUGAGAAGCUAGCCUCCUACCAGGCUGCGCGCAAGGACAGCAGCAGCCCGAGCCCCGCCCGCGGGCCCGGAGGCUGCUCCACCUCCAGCCUGUACCUGCAGGACCUGAGCGCCGCCGCCUCCGAGUGCAUCGACCCCUCCGUGGUCUUCCCCUACCCGCUCAACGACAGCAGCUCGCCCAAGCCCUGCGCCUCCCCGGACUCCGCCGCCUUCUCUCCGUCCUCGGACUCUCUGCUCUCCUCGGCCGAGUCGUCCCCGCGGGCCAGUCCCGAGCCCCUGGCGCUCCAUGAGGAAACACCACCCACCACAAGCAGCGACUCCGAGGAAGAACAAGAGGAUGAAGAAGAAAUUGAUGUCGUUUCUGUGGAAAAAAGGCAGCCCCCUGCCAAAAGGUCAGAAUCGGGGUCACCCUCCACAGGAAGCCACAGCAAACCCCCUCACAGCCCGCUGGUUCUUAAGAGAUGCCAUGUGUCCACCCAUCAGCACAAUUACGCAGCGCCCCCCUCCACCAGGAAGGACUAUCCAGCUGCCAAGAGGGCUAAGUUGGACAGUGGCAGAGUCCUGAAACAGAUCAGCAACAACCGCAAAUGUGCCAGCCCCAGGUCUUCAGACACAGAGGAGAAUGACAAGAGGCGGACACACAACGUCUUAGAACGCCAGAGGAGAAACGAGCUGAAACGGAGCUUCUUUGCCCUGCGUGACCAGAUCCCAGAGUUGGAAAACAAUGAAAAGGCCCCCAAGGUAGUCAUCCUUAAAAAAGCCACCGCAUAUAUCCUGUCUGUCCAGACAGAAGAGCAGAAGCUCAUUUCAGAAAAGGACUUGUUGCGGAAGCGGCGAGAACAGUUAAAACACAAACUUGAACAGCUAAGGAACUCUGGUGCCUAAGUUCACCUAUUGGAGGGAGGAACUGGAAUUGCUCAUGAAUUCUCAUUUGUUACUAAGAGAAAGUAAGGAAAAAGGUUCCUUCUGACAGAACUGUAGCAACCUCUCCUAUCUGAACUUUUUUCAAAUGCAUGUUCAAGUGCAACCUCACAACCUUGGCUAAGUCUUAGGAUUGAAAGGUUUAGCCAUAAUGUAAACUGCCUCAAAUGGAACUUUGGACAUAAAAGAACUUUUUUUAUGCUUGCCAUCUUUUUUUUUUUCCUUUAACAGAUUUGUAUUUAAGAAUUGUUUUUAAAAAAUCGUAAAGUUUACCCCAUUUCCCCAUGUAAAUAUGGCCAUUAAAUGUAAAUAACUUUAAUAAAACGUUUAUAGCAGUUAUACAAGAAUUCAAACCAUGUAUUAUAAACCAUAAUUUUUUUUAUUUAAGUACAUCAUCCUUUUUAAAGUUGAUUUUUUCUAUUGUUUUUAGAAAAAAUAAAAUACCUGGCAAAUAUAUAAUUGAGCCAAAUCUUA